CUUCUCUGGAAUUUUCAUCCCUCUGGUAACGUUAUCCAAAUCCAUGGCUCUGGCAUACGAUUACUCUAAGCUUUUUCUCUGCAAACAAUCAAAUUUCGUUGUGAGUUCAAGCAAAAUCCAGACGAAGAAGCGAUGUUUGAGAUGUAACACUCUGUAUCUUGACAAAGAUAAUUCCUCAGUUGCUUGCUUCUUCCACGGCCACACCACUGGAGAUAAAGGCUUGUUUUCAUUUGCUCCGCCGCAUCAAGGGAUUGAUGGAGAGUGGAGCGACGGUUCUGGGGUGAUCGUUUACAAGUGGAACGAGAAGGGAAAUAGGCCAAAUACUGGAAGAUCCAGUUGGAAGAAAAGAUGGAGCUGUUGUGGUGAAUAUGACGAAAAUGCUCCACCUUGUCGAAAAGGGUGGCAUGUUUCCUAUGAUGAUGGCUUUACGUUGUUUUGAUUUGGAAUCAUCAUCAAUAUAAUUGCUUGUUCUGUUUUGUUUUCACGAGUGUCGAAAGAUUUGGUCUUGAUCAUCAGGUGUUUUUUCGCUGGUUCAAAUGACUCUACCUUCAAUGUAGAUCUUCUCACUGGCAGUAGUGCGGCUUUAUAAAUGAAGAUUUGGAUGACUUUAA